GGGGGGGGAACGUGAUGCGACACUGAAGCCCGGGGAGGAAGCGUAGCCCCCGUCGUUCUCAGGAGGGUUUUCCAUGCCUGGAGUGGCAGAGCUGCAGCGAACCCAUGGGCGCCGCUGUGAAAGGAUGCGGGGCUUCUGAGCGGUGACGGCUGUGACGGCCCAGUGACAGCUGCCUGCGGUGAGAAGUACGGCAGGAUGCCUGAAGUGACACCGUGGAGCACCAAUCCCCACGCCGUUCGCAUCACCCAUGUGCUCACCAUCCUCGCUCAAGUCGCCGUCGCUCUAAAACCUGCCAAGCUGCCUCUGAUUGGCCGCAAGCCCUUCAUUGCAGCCUGGAACGCCCCUUUGGACAUGUGCGUCAGCAAGUACAAUGUGAGCAUCGACCUCAGUCUCUUUCACAUCCAGGGCAGUCCCCGUGCCGUGAGAACGGGCCAGGACGUCACUAUCUUCUACGCUAACCGUCUGGGCCACUACCCCUUCUACACGGAGCAGGGCAGGCCUGUUAACGGCGGCCUGCCGCAGAACUGCAGCCUCCAGUCGCACCUGCACAAGGCCUACCGGGACAUCCGCCACUACAUCCCUUCCCGCGACUUCCACGGCCUGGCCGUCAUCGACUGGGAGUACUGGAGGCCGCAAUGGAGCCGCAACUGGCACAAGAAGGACAUCUAUCGCAGGAAGUCGCGGGAGAUGGUUUGGGAGGCCUACAUCAACAUGUCCGCGGUCCAGGUGGAGGAGCUCGCUCGACACGGGUUCGAGGAGAGCGCCAGAGCCUUCAUGCAGGAGACACUGACGCUGGGCAUGCGUACUCGGCCCCAUGGCCUUUGGGGCUUCUACCUCUACCCUGAUUGCCAUAAUUACAAUGUGGACGAGACCAACUACACAGGUUCCUGUCCCCUGCAGGAGCGCGCGCGCAAUGACGAGCUGCUGUGGCUGUGGAACAGCAGCACGGCGCUCUACCCCUCAGUCGCCAUCAGACGCCGCCACGCAGACAAUGACAGCAACCUGUACUUCUCUCGGUGUCGGGUGCUGGAGUCCUUACGCAUCGCCAGCCUCACCUCUCUUGACUAUGAACUGCCGACCUUUGUUUACACACGCAUGGGCUACCGGGAAGAGGCCAUGACCUUCCUUACCAUGAAGGACUUGGUCCACACCAUCGGGGAAAGUGCAGCUCUGGGUGCAGCUGGCUUCGUCAUUUGGGGAAACCUCAACCUCACCUCCUCCAGACACAACUGCUCCAAAGUAAAAGCGUUCCUGGGCCGCCAGCUAGGCCAGUACAUAACGAAUGUGACGCGAGCGGCGGAGAUCUGCAGUGACUUCCUGUGCCAUGGAGGAGGCAGGUGUGUCCGCAGGGAUCCCCAUGCGUCGCAUUACCUGCACCUGAGCAGUGAGAGCUACCGCAUAGAUCCUACCGGUGAUGGGAGGUUCGCUGUUGUGGGAUGGCACACUAAUCAGGAACUCCAGCAGCUCUCGGAGCGGUUCCGCUGUCACUGUUACCAAGGUUACGGAGGGGACCGCUGUGACAGUCCAGCUACUAUGGUAGAGAGCUCUGCUGGGGAAACUGGGACUGUGGCUGCACUUCUUUUGGCUCUACUGCUGAACUUGUGUGCAGUGCUUGUUUGAGUACUAUGCAGGAUAACUAAUCUACUCUGCACACCGACAGUAAUAUGCUUCCUAAGAUUAAUCCCAGUUUUCCUCAUUUACAUUGCAAAGACUUUAUUUUUCUACCUUAAAGUAUAAGCCUGCUAUUAUAUAAUGGCAGAUUUUCUCAUAUAUUAUACGUGAACAUUUGCUCACGAGUCGACUUUCAGGUAAAAACAUUUAUUGGCCUUCAUGGUCUGAGACAAAGCACAGCAAUCAGGGCCAUCCAUCCAUCCAGCCGUCCCACUGCCUCCUGAGACCUGCUGACUAUUCACUGGAGGAAGCAGGGAAGCAAAGGGACGUAGGCUGCUGGCUGCAUGAGGAGCACAGGACGGCAGACUCAGGUACGGAAAACUGGAGAACCCAGACCAGGAAGCGGGGAGCUGGGAUCGGGGCUACAGCACAGUAACCAGGACAUUCACAGAGAAUCCCCAAAGGCAAGAAUGCUGGCUAAUCAGGACCAUGACUACGGGAGCAGGACCAUAAAUACAAGAUGUUGAUCAACAACAGCCAUGGACACACAACACCCACACCCAACACCAAGUGAAAAACUACAUCAAGCCCCACAAGUGAGCUUCUGAAUCAAACACCACCCAGAGCCCUGCACUCUGAGAGCAAAGACAACAUUUUAACUAGGGCAAUGUUCUCUAAGGGCCACUGGCUCAGAGCAAGAUCACAAAGCAGGCUCAUUUAGCUGAUUACUAAUCAGGAACAGGUGUGACAUACUUGCAGUCACAUGUCAAACAGUAUAGUAACAGAAAUUAACAUGACCGGAAAUAAUAAAAAUAAAUCACUAACAGAUGGGCAAAGCCUUGGAUCUGGACAUAAAUUGGAGUAGGAAUGUUGACAGGCACACCCUGAAUAUGCUGCUUAAGUGCAGCCUCACUGUGAUACAGACCACUGGAAGCACUGCGAGUGGCCGAGAAAUGUUGACGAUUAUAUACUCUGUGAAUCUGUGAAAAUGGCUUUAUAUCAACACUCUGGUCCCAGGUGCACAUGGAAAGAGACAGGAAAAGGUCCCAGAAUCCGGAGAGUAAUGAUCUAAGUUUAUGUUGAAUGUUUCUAUGGCUUUAGCUGGAAAAGCUCCUCAGCGGCAGAUAAGUUCAGGAGCUGAAAGACAAACGUUAAACGUUCUUAAGCUGGUCUCAAUAGCCUCCGUAAAUAUGGUUGCCUUGUAAGCAUAGGGUGAGAACGUAAUGCACAGGGCAGUUAGCAUUACGAAGCCCUGACAGGUGCUACGGGUCACUGUGAAAGGCACCUUGGCCUGCAGAAUGCUGAACGCUACAUGUACGGCAGCCGUAAGCCAUACUGAAACACACUGGGUGCAAAAAAGAUCUUAAAUAUUCAACUGCUCAUAAUGCAAGUGACUGCAAAAUUAAACAUGAUACAAAUGGAAUUAAUGACCUCUGUGUCCUUCUGUUUCUUGUAUUGAAAUUUAAAUUCAAUUAGAUUUUUGUUAGAUGGUCACUUAGUUAUUGUUUGUAAAUACACUAUGCCACAUCUCAUUCUGCAAAACCAAAUGUUUGAAUAUGAAUUUGGUACACCCUUUGUUGCCAUAAUAGUCUCUUCUCUUCUGGGAAAGCUUUCCAUUAGAUGCUAGAACAUUGCUGGUGGGAUCUGCUGCAUUGGGUUGGGGUUUAUGAUGCCGACCACUUUGCAAUGGAAUUUGCUCCCAGAUGUUUCCACUUCUCAGUCGCUUCACUUGCAGUUGGCCAGGGCAGCUCUAGCAUGGCUGAAAUUCAGCAGAUUGAAUCCAGGUGGAAAGUCACUAACCACUUCAGUAAAACCACUUAUUCUGCCCCUGAUGUUGGUUGAAGGGCAUGUGCAACCGACUAUGUGCUUAAAUAUAUACCUGUGUCAGCAAUGGCUGUAGCUUAAUUAGCCAAUUCCACUAAUUAAUUGAGGUCUCUACAUGAGCAUGUCCUUAUAGUGUAACCUUCCCCUAGUACCUCAGCUUUUCUUUUCUCCCCGUUCCAGUUCAGACUGCCCCCGCUCUCUCGCUCCCUCAUGUAAUUACCUGCCGAAUACAUGUGGUUGAGUGUCUGGUGGUUUAUCUUCAGCAGAAAUGCAGAGACUAUCCUGCAGAUAUCAGUCCCUUUCCACAUGGCGCAUGUGACCAAGCUGGGAUUUGUAUGCGAAUGUCUCCAUAUUCUUUGUACCUAACGGAAAGAGAGAAAAACAAAGACCUUAAGAAGCAGGUCUUCACAUGUGUAAGUGUCCUUCCCUUCCGUGGAAUGGAUGGCUCU